AUGGGUUCCAAAGGUUUGCUUGUUCUAGUGAUGUUCACGGCCACUAUACUUCUGAUCUCCUCUGAGGUUGCACCCAAUGAUUUCGAGGAGAAUUUUGACACAAAAGAUGUUAAGCAUGCUGCAAAUGGGGUAGAGGAAAGCAAAUUUUGGGGUUACGGAGGCUAUGGUGGCCCUUGGUAUGGUGGUUACGGAGGCCCCUGGUAUGGUGGUUAUGGUGGCCCUUGGUAUGGUGGCUACGGUGGCUGGCAUGGUGGCUAUGGUGGCUGGCAUGGUGGCUAUGGUGGUUGGCGGGGUGGAAGGCGAUAUGGUGGCUGGCGUAGUCCUCAUGGUCAUGUUGAGAAUAGUAUUGAUGCUAAUCCUCGCAACUAA